CCCGGAAGUGCCGUGCGAGGGCACCGCCAUGUCCGAGGCGGCGGGCGGGGGCCAGAUAGAGGACAGUCUGUCUGCAGCAACUUGUGAAUCAGACGUAGAGAUGAAAUUGAAAAAAAACAUUUCUCACAAACCUCCAAAGUCACCAAAGUCUCCAUACAGUUCCAGCACAUGCCUAUACUCUAAAAAGCCUGCACUUGGGAGAUCAUUGAAAGGAACAGGAAACAUAUUUUUUGAGAGCCCAGCAGCUACGACAUCGAGACAGAUUUGGCUAGGAUCUCUGCAACAAGGUAUGAACCAAGCUCUGAAGUCAGACGUUGAGAUGGGGCACAUUCGGAAUAAGCUCUCCAGUAGCACUCCAGAGUAUCUGAAGGAAGCUUUAGGCAUGAAGAAGCCCAAACACUCACGUUCUUCUAGCAAUGGCUACAUCCCUGGAACUCCUGACUACAAAGAGAAGGAAGAUAUGUAUGAUGAGAUUAUUGAACUGAAGAAGACAAUCCAGGCUAAGAAAGGUGAAGGGGAUCGGCUGAAAACAAAGCUCCGACGACUGGAGGAGGAGAAUAGCAGAAAGGAUCGACAGAUUGAGCAGCUUUUGGGCUCUGACUUUGUCCGGACUCAGGCAGAGAAGAAUGAUACUGGAUGGAUAAUCAGUGGAUUAAAACAGAAGAUUCUCAAGCUGGAACAGCAGUGCAAGGAGAAAGAUAACACUAUCAACAAAUUACAGACAGAUGUGAAGACUACGAAUUUGGAAGAGAUGAGGAUUGCUAUGGAGACUUACUAUGAGGAGAUUCAUCGUCUCCAAACCCUCCUUGCAAAAUCAGAGGCUGUGCGGAAAAAGUCCCCUCCAGAGGGCAAAGAGACCCAGAAACGGCUGAAAAUGCUUAAUGCUGCUGUCCUCAGAUUAACUAAGAACAUCACAGAGCUGCAGGAAGAGAAUAGAAGCCUGAAAGCAGAUCUAAGCCAAACACGGAGCAGCUCUCCUGCUUGCAGGAAAAGGAAAAAUUACAAUGAGUGGAGCAGACAGAGGCUGGUGAGACGGAUUUCAGAACUGGAAAAAAAAGUGAAUGAGCUGGAGAACAUGUCAUUGUUGUCAUUGGAAAAUGGCAUGUCACCAUUGUCUGCUCUGCCACCUUCAGCUUCUGUACAGCUGGAUCAACCAGCUUCUCAGGAACCUGACUACCUUGAAGAGUGUGAGCGACUCCAAGGGCUGGUAAAGCAACUUAAAGGUGACAGGAGCACACUGCAAAGUCUGCUGGCCAGUAAAGAUUCAGAGGUGAAGCUGUUACAGCAAGCAAAGAUUGAAAUGGAGCAAGAACUACAAAACCUGCAAGAGAAGGGGAGAGAGAAGAGUGAAAAAGAAGAGGCUUUGAGGGAAGAAAUCCUGAGACUUACGGAGCAAGUGAGAGAACUGGAGUCAAAACCUGAGCAGGACAGGAGACAAAUGGGAGAUGAGCCCAUAGAAACUCUAAAUAAGCCUUUAUCUGCCUCCUUUCUUGUGGAUAAAGACAGCCAGAGAAAGGAGCAAUCAGCCAAACUCAUCCAGAGACAGUGGAAGAUGUACAGAAAGAAGAAAGAAGAAAUUGCCUUGGAUGAGGCGACUGUUGUGCUUCAGGCAGCUUUCAGGGGACAUUUAGCUCGGCAGAAACUGUUACUGAGCAGGACACUCAGUAGAAAAUUUCACACCACAAAUGGCCUUGGAAACAAGAGCUCCAGCGUGUCUCAUGGGUCCAGCUCUUUGAGUUUACCUUCUGACUGCAGGGAGGAAGAGGAGAUUGUGACAUUCAUUCAGUCAGUUUUCAGGGCGCACUUAGCACGUCAAAGACGGCUUGAGGAGAGGCUCUCUGCCUCCAGUGCAGCAAGUGAAAAACCAGACCCUGUUAUUUACAUGAGGGAGAAGAAACCAGUCUCACCAGCACUCAGGAAGCCUUCCCCUUCCCCUUCAGCCUUCACCUUGGCGCUUCAUGAUGCUGAAGACAGUGACCUGCCCAGCGAAGAAGUUGUAGAAGAACCUGCUGUAGAAGCGACCGAGAAGAGACCACAGGAACUCAAGGCUUCUUCCUGUCAGCCCUCUUUUGCCAUGUCCUCCCAGAAGCAGCUGCAGGCCACCAUCUCUCCACCUGUAGAUGAGGCUCACUCGGACGAUUCAGAUGAUAUUAUUAUAGUCUCUCCAUCACGGAUGGUGAAGAAAAAUUACACCCGCUUUUAGAUUUGGGUGUUGCUUCUUCUCAUCUUCGUGCAAUCAUGAGUUCUGGGGCACAAAAAGAAGACAAUAUUUUCUUAUUUCUGGCAAGAUAAAACAUGUAGGAGGUUUAAAGGGGCAAUAGCAGGCUAAAGUCAUCAUUGUAUUCACCAUGUAAAAUAAUUCAGUUUUUAACCUCUCUACUGAUGUUAUGUUUCUAAUCUCUUCUGUUUUUUUUCUUGCCCUUUGUGUCUGGGGAAUGGAGAAGCUGUACUGUUCAGGAGUUGUACUUCGCCAGAAUUCCUUUAGUGCCACUGGUAAUCACAAUACCUUCCAAUCAGAAAGGAAGAGUAGGUCCUUGCACCAAAUAUCUUAUAAUCUAGACAUCAAAGCCUGCAACUGUUGUAUGUACAAGGUUUACUCAUCUGCGUAAUGUAGUGGUGAGUUGUGCGGGUGGGGCUGGAGGGGGAGGGAGAAAGGAAGCGAGGUAAAGACGUAAUGAGAGACUUGAUACAUUAGACAUGAAUACAUAGGCCUGGGACAGAAAUGAUACAUAAACUGGGGUAAGUGAUUGGAAACCGGUUCAAAUCUGUAACUCAACAGAAGUUCAGUACACAUAAACUGCUUUCAUAAUGGCCAA